AUGACGAGUUGGGGGCCGGUGGGGUGCCGAGGCUGCUUCAUGUCAUUUGUGAGACAGCUCGCGCGAUGCCCAGCUCCUGCGGCGAGCCAGUCUGCUUUCCAUGCAGAGCGCGCAGCACAGCUACAGACAACGCACUCCACCACCGGCGUGCCCAGCCUUGGUCGCAGGAUCGGCGCAAGACUCGUCAUUUUUUCCUCGCAUCUUUUUCAGCUGUCCUCGCAGUGCCAACCACUUGUGGGCGCGCAGUCUGCAGCGGGGCGACCGCUGCGCGGGUGUGGUGGUCAAAGCAUGCGGCUGGCGAUUGGGGGGGCCUCGGAGGAAUCGGCGAGGAGGUCGCUGAGCAAAUGGGCCUCUGCGUCGACGUUGGCGGAGCCGGGCCAUGCCCCCUCCCUUCCAGAGCAGGUCCCAAGCGACUCCUUUUUGCCGUAG